AUGAAAUCCUCUUAAAUAUUUUACUUCUUUUAACUCAAAGAAAGAAUAAUGAAAUAUUAUGAAGAUACUUUUUUCAAUUCAAAUAUUGAAAACUAAAAAAUUAACAUGAUGGAUGCUAUUUAUUUUGGUGAUAAAAUUAAUGCUUGCAAAGAAAAGCUUAAAUCUGUUUUAUUACAGAGUGGCCAAUUUUAUGAUUUACUUUGUGGGAAUUACAUCUCAUUAUAAUCUAUUGAAAUUUUAGCUUUGCCCUUGCUAAAGUAAAAGGAAGAUUUGGAUUCCAACUUGGUAGAACUUUUCAAAAUAAAUCCUAAUGACUUAGAUCUUUAAUAUUUAGCAUGCAUUUAUAUCUAAAUUUUAGAUUUUUAAAACAGAAAAAUACCUUAAAUUCAAAAAUAAGCAAUUGGUAGUUUAAAAUUAGUCUAAAAGUAAAAUAGAUUAAAAAUUAAUUAACUAAUUUAAAAUUAUUUAUCUGCUAAAAAUUGUGUUAUUUUUUCUUCUCUUUUGCAAAACACAUAUGCUAUCAACUUAGUUUCUAACUCUUUUUCUAAGAUUUUCGGAGUUACGGCUGAUUUAGUUUUAGGAAAGUAAUUAAAUAUAUUGAUCCCAAAUGCAAUUAAAAAAGACCACAAUAAGAUGAUAUAAAAUUUUAUUGAUUAAGAUUCAAUGAAUAUUAUUGAAAGAGGUGAAAGAUAAGUCUUUGCUAAAGACCGUGACGGAUUCAUUUUUCCAAUAUCGCUUAGGAUCAAGAUCGAAAUGCUAAAUGAAGAUAUUGGAGCUUGUAUAUUAAUUUAAAAAAUAAAUUAAUAAAAACAAUAUGUACUAUUUGAUGAGGAUGGGUAUGUCACUGAUUACUCUAAAAAAUUAUACAAUGAUUUAUUUCAACCUACAAUAAAGCAAGUUGAUGAUGAUCAAAAUAUUUUUAACAUGAUUCCUAGUCUUCAAGAUAUAAUAUAGAAAAAACAAAUGUAUACUCAAUUUUGCAGUGUUUUGAUUGCAUAAAAAUAGUAAGAUAAAAAAGUGAAAUCACAAAAUAUAUAAGAGCAUCUAAUUUAAACCCCUUACAAUAAUUAGACAUUUUAUUCGUUGAAUGACGAUGUAUUUAUAAUCAAAUUUAAAUUUUGUUAAAAUCAAACUAAAAUUAAUGUCAAAAUGAACUUCAUCGAAAUCGAUAACUAUGAAAAAGAAACAAAUCAAAGUAAAAAGAAAAAAAUAAUUGAAGAGUUAAAUAGGUAAUUAAUGUACAAAGAAAUACAAAAUAAUUUAAAUAAAAAUGUAUUUAACAGUAUUGAUAAUUUCAAUUAGGUUCAAUAAUAUUCAACUGAUAGGUAAACUUAUUAAAAUUUUGAGAGCAAUGGCCUUGUCUAAAAAAAUUAAUAAUAAAAUUAAAAACAAUCAAUAGUAAAUAAACUUAGAAGUUUUAAAUUUAAUAAUUAAGAUAUAACAGAAAGUGAAUAAAAUGUAACAACAAAUCUUGAAUAUAAGGAAGAAAUAUUAACAAAGUAUUUUUCUGAGUAAACUGAUACAAAUAGAUUUAAUUAAAGACAUGAAGUUUACGAAUGUUAAGGAGAUAGUAUAGAAUAGAUCAAUUAAAAUAGUGAUACCUAAGAUAUUACAUUAAAUAGGUAUAAAAAUAUAAACGAGAGUAAAUAAAUAGGGCUUCAUAAAAUGCUUUAAAUGUUAAAUAAUGAUAACACAAUUAAUUUUUAUACUAUUGAUAAUAACUAAUCAAACUUUAAUUUAUCUUAAUAAAAAUAUUCUACAAUUAUAAAUGAUUAAAAUGAAUCUAACCCAAUCAUCUCAGGAAAUUCAAAGUACUUUUUUGAACAAGGAAACAAUAAUUUUGAUAUUUCUUUAAAUUAAUUGCAGCAGAAUAAUAACAUAUCAGAAUAAAUAUGUUAGCAAUUUAAAUUUAAUAAAAAUUUUAAUGAACAUAAUGCUUUUGAUUUAGAAUCUUACUAGAAAACAAACUAAUGUACAAAUAAAUCCAUGAGCAUAGAAGAAAGUUCGUCAAAUAAAAAGAGCAAAAAAAGUAGAGAAGUUAUGGAAAAUGAAGAAUAAAAAAAAGAGUAAUAGAAUGAAAUAGCUAGCGUGAAUUCAAGUAAAUAUACUUCAGUAGAUCGCAUUAAAGGAAAAAUGAUAAAAAAAAUCUAAGAAAAGAUAUUUGCCAAAAGUUUAUAGAUAAUGGUAAUAGCUGGUUUUACUGCUUCAAUUGCUUUAAUUGCAGUUACUAUCAUAGUUUACUUAUAGAAUUUAAAUAGCCUAGAUAAUUUUGUUGAUUCUUUUUUAAAAAUUGAUGGUGCUAUUUUUUGUUUCAUCGAUGUUAUGAAAGUAUUAGCUUGGUCAAACUAUUAAGUUUUGUUUGGUUUUUAAGAUUUUAUUUUAGAUAGCUUAGAUUUGCUGAAUUAAGAAAAUAUUCAAGUUAGUUAUUAAUUAAAUUCCAUAAUUUCAGAUUAUAAUAAUAACUUUUAACAACUUGUAUUAAAUAAUAAUAGUUAGAAAUAGCUUAAUUAGCUAUAAAACAUUCCUUUUUUAAUAUAGAUAUAUCCUCCUUAUUUUUAUUACCCUUCUUUGGUAUAAUCAACUAAGAUUAUAUCUUAUUAUCAGAACUUACAAUACACCAUAAUGCAAUUUUUUUAUGAAAUCAUAUUUUAUAUUAUUAAUUACUAAGAAUAAUAAGAAAGUUUUAUUUGGGCAAAUAUUGUUCAAUUCAAAAACAGUAUGAUAGAUCUUUAAUUAAUUGUCGAGAAUUAUGCCUAAACAUAAUUUAACAAUAUGAACUAGUAAUAAAUUUCGGUUAUCACAAUAGUUGGUCUUCUUAGUUUUUUCAUGAUAUUCUCAAUAAUACCUUUGAAUACUUAUAUUUAGAUGAAAAGAGAAAAAAUGAUGAAACUGUUUGGCACAUUUUAACCACAAAUCCUUGAUUUUCAGAUUUAGUUGAUAGAACUUGCAAUUUAUAAAAUAGACAAAACUAAGAUGAUAACUUAAACUAAUAAAAAAGCUCAAUCAAGUGUUAAGUCUUCUAAAAAGCAAAAAAGUAUUUAUAUUAAAGACCUAAUGGAAUAAACACUAUAGUUAAAAUUAUAAAACAAAGAAGAUGCUUAAAACAAAAAUAAUAAUUUUAAAUAAACAGAUUUAAUCCCUAAGUAUAUUCAAAGAUAGUAGUAAUCUAGAAAUAGAUCAAUAGCUUCGUUUAAUAGCUUACCUAAAUUUAAUAUGAUAAUUAUUAUAUUAGGAAUAAUAUCAGUAGCACUACUAUGCAUCUAGCCUGCAUUGAAUAUUUUGCAAUUCAAGCCUUUUUAAACCGAAUCAAAUGCUCUUUUACAAGACAGAAUAGUAUUAAUUGACAUCUUCACGUUGCUUAUGGAGAAUUAAGCUUCUCAUAUGGAGUAAAUUUUAGCUUUAGCACAAUCUUAAGUACUUUCUACCACAUAUUAUUACACAUAUCUGAAGAAUCUUACGAAUUAGAAUGAGUAAACUAUUUCAUAAUUACCAAAUUUAACAACAAAUUUAGAAAUUUAAAGACAUAAUUAAAAUUUGUUUGAAAAUUUUUAUAAAAAUAUACUAAAUUAAGACGUGUGUUAAAUAAGAUAAAACUUUACAUAAUAUUUUAACUCAAAUGUGACUUAAGUAACAUGUGAGAGUUUAUAUAAUGGAGUAUUAAAAAGAGGAUUAAUUUUAUCAAUAAAAAGAGUAUUUCAAACGUAUGACGAACUGAUGGAAAUGUAUGUUAUGAAUGACUUUGGUCAAUAAAAUGACUUUUUUACUUAAUUCCAAAUUUAGAAUUCUUUUAUAAAUUUUAAGCUGUUAGUGUAAAUUAUAUCUGAAUCUGUAGACGCUAUAAGAUUAUAUUAAAAUCAGUCUUUGUAAGAUUAUAAAAGUGAUUUACAACAAACCUUACUUUAGUUGUUUGUUGCUUAAUUACUUAUAGUCCUAGUAGUAUUUUUGAUUGGUUGGCUAACACUCUUUUACAGUUUUGUGGAUUAAUUACAAAAAACUUAAAGCAUCUUUAAAGUUUUUCAUAUUAAUGUACUGUAUGAGAAUGAAUAUAUUCAAUAAUAUUUCAGAUAGUUGUAAUUAAAUUAAAAAAGUUGA